CACGUAAUAUCGGUCCCGAGAUAUUCGUUUAAUUCAAAAUAUAUCAAACCAAUCAUAUUAUUAUAAAAGAUAAGGAGGAGUAGAAGAGAUAGCUAACAAGCGCAGCAAUAGCAAUAAACGAUUCCGAUUCAAUGGCGGAGGAGACGGAGAAGAAGAAGUAUAUUACUCACGACGAUCUCCGCAGCCACAACAAACCGGGAGAUCUAUGGAUCGCGAUCCAAGGCAAAGUCUACGACGUCUCCGAUUGGGUCAAAUCCCACCCCGGAGGCGACACGAUCAUCCUCAACCUCGUCGGCCAAGACGUAACCGACGCGUUCACCGCGUUCCACCCCGGAACCGCCUGGCACCGCCUCGACGGCCUCUUCACCGGCUACCACAUCGGAGACUACCGAAUCUCCGAGGUCUCCCGCGACUACCGCCGCAUGGCCACGGAGUUCCGCAAGCUCGGCCUCUUCGAAUCCAAGGGACACAACACUCUCUACACGCUAUCCUUCAUCGCCGCCAUGUUCGCCGGCGUCCUCUACGGUGUUUUGGCGUGCGACUCGAUCGUCGCUCACCAGAUCGCCGCCGCGCUUCUCGGACUCCUCUGGAUCCAGAGCGCGUACAUAGGCCACGACUCGGGGCACUACGUCAUCAUGUCGAACAAGAAGUAUAACAGAAUCGCGCAGCUCGUCGCCGGUAACUGCCUAACCGGAAUCUCGAUCGCGUGGUGGAAGUGGACUCACAACGCUCACCACCUCGCGUGCAACAGCCUCGAUUACGAUCCCGAUCUCCAGCACAUCCCCGUCUUCGCCGUCUCCACCAAGUUCUUCAACUCGAUGACGUCACGGUUCUACGAUCGGAAGCUCACGUUCGAUCCCGUGGCGAGGCUAUUGGUUAGCUACCAGCAUUUCACUUACUACCCUGUCAUGUGCUUCGGGAGGAUCAACCUCUUUGUGCAGACGUUCCUCUUGCUGUUCUCCCGACGCGAAGUUGAGGAUCGCGUCCUCAACUUCGCGGGGAUCUUGGUGUUCUGGACGUGGUUCCCACUCUUGGUUUAUUGUCUACCGACCUGGCCUGAGAGAUUUUUAUUCGUGUUUACGAGCUUUACCGUAACAGCUCUUCAGCAUAUACAAUUCACGCUUAACCAUUUCGCUGCUGAUGUCUACAUGGGCCCGCCCACGGGGCACGACUGGUUCGAGAAGCAAGCGGCCGGGACGUUGGAUAUCACGUGCGUACCGUAUAUGGAUUGGUUUUACGGUGGGUUGCAGUUUCAGCUGGAGCACCAUUUGUUCCCUCGGCUGCCGAGGUGUAAUCUACGGAAAGUGGCUCCCGUGGUUCAGGAGCUUUGCAAGAAGCAUAAGCUUCCGUAUAGGAGCAUGUCGUGGUGGGAGGCGAAUAAGUUGACCGUUAGGACUUUGAAGAAAGCGGCUUAUCAAGCUAGAGAUAAGGCUAAUCCUGUGGUUAAGAACUUGGUUUGGGAAGCUUUGAAUACCCAUGGUUAAAAUCAAACAAAGAGCUUUUGUUUUGUUUUGUUUUUUUUGUUUGAUUAUCAUCAUUAUGUGUUUUAUUUAUUUUUGCUUUUGAAGCUUUUGAAAAUUUUCGUUUUGUUACUAUGGAAGAAGAGAUGUUAGAUUGAAUUGAAUCGAGAUUUAAUUUGAUUAUAGAUUAACUCUUCCGUAUGGGACUCUCAAUAUAUAUAUUAUUAUUUGAAUUUUGUUUU